CACCUGGCUUGCUUGCUGGUCACUUUUUGUUCAAAGACCCAGCCCACGACCGCCGCUCUCACGGUCAAACUCCCGCUCAUCCAACAAAAACUGAUCGAGCAGUCAGACUUCCUUCCCAAUUGUCGCCGGACUCCUCCAAUCCCGCCGACAACCUUGGCAGAGAACAUUCAGAGUUCUUCCUCGCGUCUUUCCAAAACACUGGUUGCCUUCGAGCACUAGCCCACAUUCAAAGAUGUCGAUGCCAAUGCCCGGCCCCAUGGGCCCUAUGCAGAUGGGCCCCAACGGCCAGCCCAUGCCUUCGCCUGAGCAGAUCGCGGCCAUGCGCAGACAAAUAGAGGCUGAUGCCCAAAAGGCCGGCAUGAGUGUCCCGGAUUUCCUCAACCACCUCCGACAGCAGGCCAUGCAGCAGCAGCAGAUGGCCAUGCGUCAGCAGCAGCAACAACAGCAGCAGCAGCAACAGGGCGGCGAAGGUGGAGAGGGUGGCCAUGAUCACGCUCACGAUCACGAUCAUGACCACGAGGGUCAUCAGCACCCUCACUCUCAUCAGCACCAGCAGCAGCAGCCGCAGCAGGGCCAGCCGCAGCCUAUUAGGCCUGGCCCGCCCAAUCCUGUUGCGCUUGCGCUGGCCAGCUUCCUGCGCGCGCAGGAUCUGAAGCCCCGUACCUGUAUUCUCAAUGGCGAGCGCAAGGACAUGUUCAAGGUCAAGCGUGCGCUCCGCGCUCUCCAGUCCCCCGCCUACGAGAAGGCGCGCAAGAAGAACCCCGAGUUGCCCGAGAUCACCGAUCGCGCGUCUCUCGAGAACACCUUUAAGCUUCUUCCCAUGUCGAUGCUUGCCCUGCGCGUCACCAAGACCGACCCUCACGAAGGCCACGACCACGGCCCGAAGAAGACGAAGCGCAUCAAGGGUCUCUGGACCGUCCGCAUCGAGCCUCAACAAGAGGCCAAGGAAGAGAUGUACUACGCGUGGUUCUGGGAGGGCAGCCAGGUUAAGCGCAAGCUGUACUCCAUCCUCGCCCUCGUGCUCAUCUUCAUCGUUGUCUGCUACCCCCUAUGGCCCCUCAAGCUUCGUCUCGGCGUCUACUACCUCAGUUGGGGAUUCUUGGGCUUGCUCGGCCUGUUCUUCCUCAUGGCCAUCUUCCGUGUCAUUCUCUUCUGCAUCACCUACUUUGUCGCAUCACCCGGCCUUUGGCUGUUCCCCAACCUGUGGGAGGACGUCUCGUUCAUGGACAGCUUCAAGCCCGUCUGGGCUUGGCACGACACUGCUCCCAAGAAGGGCAAGAAGAAGAAGGCCUCAUCCACCGGCGCCUCGAGCGCCGGCGGUACCUUCGCCGCAUCCACUGGCCAGCCCCUCCCGGCUUCCGCGACCACAACAGCUACGGAGACGCAGAUUGCAUCCCAGCCCGCGCAACGCCCCGGCUACGUCGCGCCGGCUGUGGAGGAGCUCGGUGAUGAUGAGGAGUAGAUGCAUUUUCGAGGUGGACAGUUUCGCAUCAAACAGGCGUUGGGGAUUUUUAUUAGCUGAAAGAAGGACUGUACGAGUAGAAUACCCAUCGUCCAAACUAGCUGACGCGUGGGUUUGGGAAGGACAGAGACGAUCUCGGUACAUAGCAUUUUGGUCACUUUGGC